AAAAAGAAAAAAAAACCGGUCUGUACAAUGACCAGAAAAUCUGUAGACUCUAAGAGAAGUUUUGCUCACGGUCAUUGCACACAUUAACCUCCAGCUUCUGAAGAUGGAAAAAUUCAACGUGUAUUCAGCAAUUCUUUGUGCAGUUGUAGCAGUUUGUUAUCACAAUGCUUUGGACUGUGGUUUUGUUUUUGAUGACAUGUCAGCCAUUGUUGAAAACAAAGAUCUGAAACCUAGAGUUCCUGUUAUCAACCUGUUUUGGAAUGAUUUCUGGGGUACACCUAUGCAUAUGGAGAAAAGUCACAAAUCAUAUCGACCAUUAUGUGUACUGACCUUCCGUAUGAACUAUAUGAUCAGUGAAAUUGAACCAAUGUCAUACCAUUUAAUUAACGUCAUCUUACAUGCUGUUGUUUGCAUUGUGUUAAUGAAGAUAUGCACUCUUUUUAUGAAAGAAUUUACGAGUUUUCUAGCAGCAUUGCUGUUUGCUGUGCAUCCAGUUCACACAGAAGCUGUAACUGGUGUGGUAGGCAGAGCUGAAUGUUUGUCUUCUAUAUUUUUCUUAGCUGCUUUAUGGUCUUACUCAAGAUGUACAGGAUACAAAUCAAAAACAGUUUGGCCACCACUAAUAUAUACAGUUAUUUUGGUUACCGUAGCAAUGUUGUGUAAAGAAAUAGGCAUUACAGUGAUUGGAGUGUGUUGUGUAUAUGAAGUUUUUAUUGUACAAAGGGCAACAUUUACAGAAUGUCUGCAGAUAAUUAUAAGUACUUUCAAAGGAAAGCCAGUUUUACCAUCUUGGUUUAAAGACUCUGUAAUAAGAUGUGUUUUCCUUGUUGGUACAACAAUGUUUUUAAUGGUGGCCAGAAUCAAAGUCAUGGGAGCUCAACUUCCCAUAUUUACUAGAUUUGAUAAUCCAGCAUCCAUGGAGCCCUUUCCUACCAAGCAUAUGACUUACAACUACUUGUUACCUGUCAACACUUGGAUACUGGUAAACCCCUCGCACCUAUGCUGUGAUUGGACAAUGGGAACUAUACCUGUCAUUAAUUCUUUAUUAGAUCACCGUAACCUAAUUACGUUGUUGUUCUAUGCAAUAUUGGCUAGAUUUGUUGUGUAUAUGCUGAGUCAACAGAAUGAUAGGAACAGAGCUGUUAUAAUGUGUCUGACCAUGAUUAUCUUACCAUUUAUACCAGCAUCUAACCUGUUUUUCCCAGUAGGAUUUGUGGUUGCUGAGAGAAUUUUAUACACACCAAGCAUGGGAUUCUGUGCUUUAGUGGCAUUAGGAUUUGAAAUUUUAAUGAAUUAUAAAAGAGAAUUAAAAGCUGUUCUGUGGGCAUGCAUGGGAAUACUAUUAUUGACUCAUGGAACAAAGACUUAUAUGAGAAAUUUUGAUUGGAAAUCAGAAUAUUCUCUAUUCAGAUCAGCUUUAAAGGUGAAUCAGCAGAAUGCCAAGUUAUUUAACAAUGUAGGACAUGCUCUAGAGAAAGACCAGAAUUGGUCAGAAGCUUUAGAAUAUUUCCAGAAAGCAGUUAGUGUACAACCAGAUGAUAUUGGAGCACAUAUAAAUGUUGGAAGAACUUACAACAACAUGAACAUGAGUACUGAAGCAGAAGAAGCUUAUAUGAAAGCUUUACAUUUGUUCCCUCCUAUUAUACCAGGAAGAAGUUAUACAGCCAGAAUAGCACCUAACCAUCUAAAUGUUUACCUUAACUUAGCUACAUUAAUGGUGAAAAAUGAUUCAAGACUUCAUGAAGCUGAUAAGAUGUUACAGACAGCGGUCAGUAUGAGACCUGAUUACGUACAGGGAUAUAUCAACAGAGGUGAUAUCAUGGUCAAGUUAGGCAGAAUGAAAGAAGCAAUAGAGAUCUACAAAACAGCUCUGAAAUAUGAACCAGAUAAUGCUGAUGUCUAUUACAAUCUUGGUGUUGUGAGUUUGGAAUUGAAAGACCCAAAUGCAGCAAGAAUAUAUUUUGAAACUGCUUUGCAACAUGACCCAGAUCAUUGGCAAUCUUUGUAUAAUUCAGCCAUCAUGAUACAGGAACAUGGAAAUGUUAAUGAUUGGCCAGAACUUGAAAGGAGGUUACAACAUCUAGAGAAGAAAAAUCCAAAUGACCCAAAGAUUUACUUUACAAUGGGAAUGUUAGAUAUGGACAGGAAAGAUUACGUAUCUGCUGAAAAACAUAUUAAGAAAUGUCUACAGUAUGAGCCUACAUUUAGAAGUGCUUUAUUUAAUUUAGCAUUGAUGUUAGUCAACAAUCUCAAUAAACCACUGGAAGCAUUGCCUUACUUAAAUACUUUAUUACAGAAUUAUCCUGAUCAUACCAAAGGCAUGAUGUUAUUGGGAGAUAUCAAUGUUAAUGUACAGAAAGAUUUAGAUUCUGCUGAUAAACAUUUUAGGAGAGUUGUUGAAUUGGAGCCAGACAAUAUACAAGCCAAUCACAAUCUGUGUGUUGUUAUGGUAGAGAGAGGUGAUUUAUUUGGUGCUGAAAAAUGCCUGACAAAAGUGUAUAAUAUGGCACCCAAUGAAAAGUACAUCAUUAAUCAUUUAAACAUUGUCCGGACAAAACUUAAUCAAGCAAUUAAAGCUAGAAGAGAACAGAAGCUUAAACAACAAGAACAACAACAGCAACAUGGCAAACAGUCUCAAACGAAAAAUUAGGGAGGAACAGGUCAGAGAAAUAUUAAAUUUCAAAAGUAUAAGGAGAAAGACUGCAGAUCUGAUCUCUGUAUACGUACUGACUAGAAAAUUAUGGUAGAAGGUAUGGGUAUAAACACCUGGGACAUCAUAGACAUAUAGUCUUCACGAUAAACUUAUGCAGCCACAAGCUCUAGG